AGGACGUCUGAUCGAUUUGUAUAGGCCUAGUAAUGAAUCAGCAAUUACAAAGAGCACAAAACAGCUUCAGCGAUAUGGACACAUAAUCAAUUCCUUGUAUCAUUGUCGAUUCGAAAAUAUGGAACCCUAUCUAAACUCCAUGAGGCAGCGUGUAAAUUACCGUCAACAAUUAUGUGAUAUCCAAUCGCUUUUGGGUCAUCCAUGCGAUAACGACAAAGACCCAUCAGGUAUAUCACCCAAAUUGUACAAUACGAUUGAGACUAAACUAACAGGCCUACACGAACAAUGUGAAAAUAAAGAGUUCAUUGUAAUCAAAUCUAUUCGAAUUUUUGACAUAUUGAAUCUGUCACAAUUGUUUAACGAUAGCGAAAUAGAUUUUAAAAUAUUGCAUCUCAUUCGUGAUCCAAGAGGAAUGACUUUGUCAAAACUAAAGGCUUGGGCUCCAGAUGUCAUUAAAAAGAUGAAAGCAGAAAACAGAUCUGUCUUUGAUGUUCAGGAUUUACCUUCUGACUGGUAUUCUGGUUUAGAUGAUUGGUGUAAAGCUUGGAUAAAAGAUGCAAGUAUUGGGCAACAGAUGGUAUCAAAAUACAUGGCAGUAAGGUACGAAGAUAUAUCAAUGAUGCCAUUGAUGACAACAAGAGAAAUAUACGACAGACUUGGUUUAGGUGAGGUUUCAGAACACGUUGUAAACUGGUUAAAUGAACAUACAAAGGAAUCAAGGGGUGACGAGUACUCGGUCUCUCGAAACUCAAAGUUAAACGCAGAGAAAUGGCGUCGAGAUAUGACGUAUAUGCUUGCAAAGCGCAUACAAGAAUUGGAAAAUUGUGGAAAAUUCCUGGAUAGAUUUGGUUACAUCAAAGUGAAACGCCCUCAAGACCUUACAAAUACAAGCUUGUCGUUCAGUGGAAAAAAAUAUCAACAUAACGAAUAUAAUUAACAAAAAAUAAUAAUAAUAAUAUUAAUAAUUAAUAAUUAAUAAUAAUAAUACAGGUCUCCCUCCACUUAAAUACCACUUUU